AUGAACAAAAAUGGUUAGAGGUUACUGGAAAGGGAAGUCUGUUGUUGAACAGGAAAGUAAACACAUCUAGACAUUCGAGAUGGUGAUGGUUACAGAAAGAAGAGGUUGGGAAAAGAGCACAACAAAUCAGCCACUGGAGAGGGCUGUUCAGUGCUGAUGCGUAACAAAAGCAGGACCAACAGCCUGGAGAAAAAGGCUCAAGUAUCGCCGUUUGUCAUCAAUGCCAACAAGUGUAGAUAUCCCGGUCAUUCCUCUUAUGCGUUCAUCAGACUGCUACAUCAGGGCCACCCUAUGACGCCACAAAUGCUUUUCAUUCUAUCACUAAAUUAAAGACAGUGACAUGGACUGCACUAUGAGAUGCUGGGCAAGUCUAGCCUGUCAGACCUCACCUUGGUGCCCUGGGCAAACAUAUGCUGCUCCUAAGCUUAACAAUGUGUCCUGAGGUGAUUGCCUAUGUUGUCUCUAUGGCAAGGACGUUCAGUGCUGGGAUUGAGGGACAGAAAGGAGGAAGGACUCUUUUCAGAAUGAUUUAUAUGGGUGAUUCAUAUAGAUAUAAACGCAAGGUUGGGGUCGGGGAAGAAAUGAAUGUUCUCAGACAGUCAAGAGUGGUGAUUCUUACUGUCAUGAAGUAGAACACGCAGUUUUGUCCUCUUCAUGUUAUUGCUGUGACGAACCUCACUUUUACACACUUUUCAGCAGAACAAAAGAAAAAAUACAGUGCAAUACAUUCAUGAUUUGUCAUGUUAUGUGUAGGAGACAGCUCAGCCAGGUUACUUGUUUAGAAUUCUUUCAUUAACAGUAUACAACUUUUAAAGCUUGAUAUCUAGCUACUGAUAAAGCCAGAUUCAAAAUACUUACUAUUUGGAUAUCUGAAAAGAUAGGAUAUGCUUUGGCUUGCCAACCCAUCUGAAUGAACUUUUUGCCUCAAACUGUUCCCAAAAUAAGACAACAGGGACAAGUGCCCUUGAAAGAUUAGGGCGUUUACAAAAUAAUGUGUGACGUGUUUUAAUUUUUGUUUUUUAUGUUUUAUUAGUGGUCCAUUAAAUAGAUAAUGGUAGCCAACAAACAAAAAUACAUUAAAGAAAUUCUUUCCAGAUUCAGAAAAGUUUUAGAGUGGUGUUCAGCGUAUCUGCAUCAUUGCCAUGUCAUCAUGUGGAUUCCUUCCACCUGCAACCGCCACCGUGGAGCACUCAGCCACGGUCACAUUUUCUUUCCAAAAAUAUCGUCUCGGAUUCCGCUUCGUUCGUUAUUGCACACAUUACCGCAGAAGGGAGAACAUUUCAAGAUGCUGUGAUGGACUGACAACAUUUACAUUUCCGGCAAGUGUGUAUUAUCAGGGGUAGCCGGCUAACUGCUUCUAGUCACUUCCUUAUGCUGCGGUGAGGAGACGGGUGACGUCAGUUCGCUGCUUUUGCAGAUGAGAGCGUGCCCGUCCGUCGAGAGGAGAAACAGUGAACACGCUCGAACAUAGAGCCGUAGCAGACUCACACAGGGCACGGGGGCGCCGGUACUUUGCUCACAGACGCUUAAAUAACAUUGAACUGCCGAUGCGGAGGCGCGGCGAGUACCGGGGCUAGUACCGGGGCUAGGCUGGCUUCACCCGACACCACGAAGGCAACCGGGACACGCCGGUGACCGGAGCUCCCCGGUACCUGCGUACAUGCGGACAUGUCCUCAGCAAUUACGGACGAUGAGCAGCAGCGGUGGGUGCCCACUCAUGUGCAGGUGACAGUACUCCGGGCCCGUGGAUUGCGCGCGAAGGGCAAGCAUGGCACCAACGACGCCUAUGUUAUCAUUCAGGUGGGCAAGGAGAAGUACUCCACGUGUGUCACGGAGAAGACCACAAGCCCGGAGUGGGGAGAGGAAUGCACGUUUGAGCUCCAGACAGGGGUGCUCGAGUCGGGCGGACGCGACGUCUGUGCUCCCGGUAGCUGUGAUCUCACCCUCACAGCUAUGCACCGGGCACUCAUCGGUUUGGAUGUCUUUCUCGGACAAGCAGUCAUUCCUCUGGAUAAGGCUUUCCAGGACCGCAUAUCCAUGAGAAAAGAAUGGCACUGUCUGCACUCCAAGACUGGCAAGAAGGAGAAGGAGCGGGGGGAGGUGCAGGUGACGGUGCAGUUCACGCGGCACAACCUGACGGCCAGCAUGUACGACCUAUCCAUGAAGGACAAGCCACAUUCUGCCUUCGGCAAGCUCAAGGAGCGAAUUCGUGGAAAGAUGAACCUUGGCGACGAAGACUCUGCGUCCGCCAUCAUCCCUGGCGGCUACGGGGCGCUGUCGAGAAUGCGGGGCCGGUUGCCAAGCGACGGCGGCGGGGAGGAGUUCUACGAGGACGACGAGGGUGGUGAGGCGAGGCGGAGCAAGAUGAGGAACUUCUUCCUGCGAGGUAAACUGCGGAAGUCGUCGGACACGCGCUCGACCACUUCGCUGGGCUCGGAGAGCAGUGAGUCGUCGUCACGGGGAGGGAGCCUGAGCCCGACGGCAGGGAUCAGCGUUGUGGUGUCAGACCUGUCCAACUCGCCCAGCAACAGCAGCAACCUCACGGCGGACAACAGCCCAGAACACACACUUGCCCUCUCACCACUGGUCUCCCCACACAAGCACAUAUAUGAUGAUGAUGUGUGCGAGAUUUCCAUCCUUGUACCCCAAUCUUUCACAUACGAGAGCCCGGUCCCUGAAACCAUUUCACCUGCUCCGCCAUCCACCACCGUAGCCAAUGGCCACGCAGUCAAGCACGCUCAAUCACCCCACAAUCUUAAGCAGGAACCCCAGCCUUCAGGUGACUCGACCAAGCCCAAGGCCCUGUCCCUGGCCCCUGGUCCUGCUCUGGGCUCCAUGCAGAAGACUUCGCCCAUGUCACUGUCCCUCCAGAACCUCUCGGUGUCGCACCACGUGGAGGAACCACACCCGGGGCCGGGGGAUGGCCGCCGUUGGUCGCUGGAUAAAGCCGGAGAGGAGGAGAGGGCCGCCAUUGCCGCGGCGAUCGAGAAUGCUGGGAAGCUGGAGGAGGAAGAGAGGAGGGCGGCCCAGUUCAAGAAAGAGGCCACGCCGGUGGUUACCACGGGCAACGGAGAGGUCAAGAAGCAAAAGUGGGGUAUUUUCUCUCACGGGCGGAGCGAAUCAGCAGGCAAGGCGACAACCCUGAGCAAGGGCGACGCUGCUUCAGCCCCUUCGGAAGGGAAGCAUAAAGGGUGGUUUGGCUCGAAGGACUCCCAGGCCAAACCCAGCUCUGCACCUUCCGUCUUGCUUUCUGGCUCCUCCCAUCACCAAGAGUGUCCAAUCACAGAAGAGACCCUGCCAGGUGGUGCUCAGGGAAAGACUCUACCUCAAGUGACUGUUGUAUCAAAAGGAGUGCACUUUAACCCUUUCAUUCCUGACGCCAAUAAAGCUCAGCAAUGGAAGUCUGGGGACAAACCUCAGGUGUCCAUGUGUCCUGAGCCCUCAAUACACACAAACUUCCAAAUACAGAAAAACAUCGAAAAGGACACUAAUACUGCUGCUCUGACUAACACUAGUACUGUUAACACUCAGGACCAUUUACAGCUAAGCCCUAAUGUAUCACAGACCCCUUUACCUAAGAAUUUCAAUAUGGAGUUAAGUGAUGUGCACAAAUUAGCCUGCCUUUGUCCAGGGUUAUUACAGGACCAGAUGGACAUACUGACGCGUCCAGAAACAUGCCUGAAUGAAACCUCCCUCAGCCAAAUGCCUCUUGGCAAUGUCUCAAACUCACAGCUGGCUGGCUCUACCACCUCUUGGCUAAGACUACCAGACAUGUCUGUGGAAAUGGCUGGAACUCUUGAAGGAUUUGCCCACAAGUCUAGAGAAAUGGAGUCGGCCAUUUUGCCUCUUGGGAUUGAUUUAAAUACAACAGAGGCUGCCCUUGGAACGGUUAUCUCUCUGAGUCCUAGAGCAGAGGUCAAAGAGAUGAUGCUCACUCCCUCCAGGGAGCUGAGGGUAUCCGCCUACAGGGAGCUGAAGGGAUCUGCCUCCAGCGAGAUGAGCUCAGAUGACACACUGGAGCCCUCCACCAUCAUGUCUGACUCUUCAGGGCAGGAGUUAGACCACCCGGCGGCCAGUGACCCUUUGCCAACCUGUCUGAAGAGCUCACAUCAGGAAGCCAAAGGAGAGCAGGAUGAAGAGAAGGACAGAACAGAGGCAGGUGAUGUAGAAAUGAAAGAAUGGGUCCGUGGACCUGCUGUGGAGGAGGCUGCUCUAGUAUUCGUGAAUCACUCCGAUAGCACAUCAAAGCAGAUAAUCAGCUCCAGGGUAGAGAGGGAGCGUGAGGAUUUUGGCUGGGAGAAUGUGGGCCCAUUUGUGGGGAAUUCUGUACAGGCAUUGAACAGAACAGGCCCUGAAAGUGUGUCCACAGACAAGCAUAUUAUGGAUCAUUCCCUCGAGGCAGAGAGCCCUUUUUCCGGAUCGCUUAUCUGCAUCACGGCCUCCUCGCCUGGCGAGGGUCUUAUCUCUUCAGAGUCACACUUCACCGGUGAUUCAGCUGUACUGAAAGGUAGUGAGCUGUCAUCCAGUCCCAUGAGCGCUUUACAGGCCAUGUCCCCAGUGGACAAGCAUUUACCUACCAGCGUUGGUACGGACGAGCUAGAGACACUACAUCAUAAGGUCUUGGAGAGUCCCAUCAGCUUUCUGCCCUCUGUAAGCCUUAGCUCAAAUGUCAAUGCUAACAGCAGUGUUGGCCCUUUUGAUAGCAUUGAUUCAGAUGCUUAUGUUAGCCCCCUUGUUAGCAUAGGCUCUGAUGAUAGCCAUUGUGCUACUAGUAAUCCCUUUUUCAGCCUAAACUCUGGCAGUGUCUGUGCUUCUAGCCACAAUAGUAAUUUUAGCCCCAAUAAAGAUCUGCUGCUUGCACCUCAGUCAACUCAGUUUCUCGGCAGCCUCCUAUAUGAAAGUGCUGAGUCUGAAUGUUACCACACCUGCAGUUCUCCUCCGCGUCAUCUAUCUCUUUGUUCCCAGCGCUCACUGCCAUUUAUAACAGCAAAGGACCCCAUGGAACAGCUAAUAGCAUCUUAUGAUCUCGCUGUGAAAACCCAGCCCUUACAAGACCCCCGUCAACAACCCAUGCAGAUACAUGACCUCCUCAGAGAUGAUGGUGUUUCCCAAUUCAACCUUUCACCACGGUCUUCUCUAACCAGGAAUCAAAUGAACUCAACAGUGCCAACAGAUGUGACUUCUCAUCUCUCUCUGCCAACAAAUUCCAUUCCUCAAGACGCCAUUCCAAAUCAAAAUUCCUCACUAAUGAUACAGAAGGAUGAUUUUAUGGAGAACAUUGUGGCAAAAGAAGACCUCUUAGGAGACAUUAUCUGGACAAGCAGUCUAAAAGAGAAAGAUGUGUCCGAACAGUGGCCUUCCCAACAACCUAUGCUAGCAUGUGAUCGAACUGCUGAACCCUUGCCAAAUUAUGAAUUCACAGACGGAGUUGUGCCAAAUUCUGACCUGACCCAGAGAGACAUGCCAAAGUCUGUCCUAUUACAAGAGGUGCCAGCAACCAAAGAUACUGAGAUGAAUCCUUUAGUUGAUGGUAGAGUUGACAUGCUUCCAAAAGAUUCAGUCUCUGAAUCUCCUUUUACAAGGGAAAGUGAAGUUCGGGACUUGAGUGCAUUUCCAGUUGAUUGGGCCAAUUUUGAAAACUUGGCAGUAGUGGGAAGCACAGGGGAAAACAAGGAAAUGUCUGAAGCAGGGGCCGCCAUCUUAAAUGAGGGUUGGGCUUCUGCUUCGACUUGGUUGACCGCAGCGGCCUCUGAGGAUCAAAAUGACCUUAGCACCCUCCCAUGGCUCGAAGUGGAAGACGAUACUGGCCAAUCACAGCCUGACCUUAGUGUGGGUGUGUCUGAUGGAACCCCACCCUCUUCAUCCAUAUCUCAAGAUUUGGUCAUCACACACUUACAGCCUCUUUCCCCUCAAACAGACACACACCCUUGUCUCGAAAGUAGUCAGGAGCAACCUGCUGUCAUGGGAAGCACUGGGAAACCUUUACAGAGGUUUACUGAGGUCAUGGGUGCCUCUAAUGGUGACUGCUUCCAUUCAGUAGCAUCUGUCUUUGAUAGCUGUCAGUCAAAGCCAAAGCCAAAACAUGGAAAUGACCUCAAACUGACCUUCACACCUGAUCUGCAGUCUCCUUUGCCCCUUGCUUCUUCUACACCUGCUGCAGACUGCUCUCCCUUGUCUUUUUCUGCUAUCCCCCCUGCUCUGGUGACAUCAUAUGGUGCCACCCCCUUGUCCAUUGCCAGAGAUAUGAUUGGUGCACCGCAGGCAGUCUUUUCCCAGGAGAAUCAUCAGGCAUCCAAUCAGAUCGCCAGUCCGCACCCUGUGAAGCCACUAACCCCACCAGGAGAGGAGAGGAAGCCGGAAAGUCGCUCGGUGCUUGAGAAGCUCAAAUCCUCCAUUCAUCCAGGUCGCAGUCAGGACACUGACAAGAAGAAUCUGGUAGAGGGGGGCGGCUCGUACUAUCACCUGAACCACAGUGAGCUGGUUUCACUGCUGCUUCAACGGGAGGGGGACCUGCAGCGAGAGCGGGCCGAGUUCGAACAUCGGGGGGUGUUGCUGGAGAAGCGAGAGACGGAGAUCCGUAAGACCAAGCUGGUGAUUCGUGACCUGGAGGACUACAUCGACAGGCUGCUCGUGCGCAUCUUGGACGAGAAACCCACGCUGCUUCAGGUGCGCACCAAACUCAAAUGAUAGGAGGCGGUGAAAGAAGAAGAAGAAGAA